AUGUCAAAUGAUACUCGAUUCUGGGAGAACAGCUAUCUAUUUUAUGCCUUAAAUAGGAUGGAAGAGAUUAAAGUUAAAAACAAAAUAGCGAUAUGUGGACAAAUGCAAACAAUCAACCAAAAUGGCGAAAACCAAGCUGAAUAUCCUGGAUUGACCAAUGUUCAUCUCUAUAUGUCUGCUAUUCGAGGGAGUGCGUCCUACUGGAAAAGUUACACGGGGGACCUGAUUGCAAUGAUUGCGCAGCGAGGAAUACCAACCAUUUUUCUAACCGUAUCCUCAGAUGAUCUUAAUUCGACCGAUUCUCUUUGUGGGCUGCUGUUUGCCGAUGCGAUGCGUGGGAAUGGUGACAAUGAAAUCCUCACACGGCUACGCCAACAAAUAAAAUCCAAAAAUUACGAAGAAAUAAAGAGCACGUUGAAAAUCUUUAGUUAUGAAAAAAAGUCAGAUCUGUUAAAUCGUCAUCCUGUACAAGCUGCGAGGCACUUCAACCAUCGAAUAAACAAUUUCAUAACUCUUCUUAGGAAAUGCGGCAAAGAAAUUUUUGGCCAUGAAGUUGACGAUUUCAGCUAUCGAAUAGAGUUUCAAAAUAGAGGCUCGGCUCAUCUUCACAUGCUACUUUGGCUCAAAGACGCUCCAACUAAUUACAGCUCAGUUGAAGGCAAAAUUCUUAUCGAUUCAAAUAUGUCGUGCAGAAUUCCAGAAGAUGAUGAAGAACUCAAAUCUCUCGUCCUCAAGUAUCAGCAGCAUAAGCAUACAAAAACAUGCUUUCCGCGUACACAGUUCUGUCGUUUUGAUUUUCUAAGGAAAGUGUCAAAAGAAACAAUAAUCCUGGACGAAGACGACAUUAACCGGAACAAAGGCCGAUUUUAUGUUCUGAAGCGAGAUGAACAUGAAACCUACAUUAACAACUACCACCCAACUCUUUUGAAAAUAUUAAAGUGCAACAUGGACAUACAAUUUGUUACAGAUGCAAAUGUAAUCGCCUACUACAUUGCGAAAUAUAUUAGUAAAGCUGAGCCCACCGAUAUUCAAGAUGAAAUCCAGAGAAUUGUCCAACAAAUGCAAUCCAACUCAAGGGCAUCCUAUUAUCAAAUGGCAACAAACAUCGCUAUGGAAAUAAUGAACAGAAGACAAGUUAGUGCACCCGAAGCUGCCUAUCGUUUGUGCCACCUCAAACUUAGACACAGUUCACGAGGAUUCGUUUUUGUUCCAGCAUAUUUACCAAGCAAAAGACUCCAUUUAAUUCAAAAAGAAACAAUUGGGAACGCAAACGUAAAGAUGGGAUUAAGCAUAAUCGAGAAAUACUGUAUAAGACCUAGAGAAUUAGCUGAUAUUUGUUUGCUUGAGUUUGCUGCUACAUAUGCCGCUGUUAAGAAAGAUACGAGUGAAGAAGAUCUAGACGAUGACGAUGAGGUGAAACGUGAACAAUUUACAUCCCAAAAUAUCCGUCUAACCAAUGGCACAUUAAUGAAAGUGAGAGAAAAACCAGCUAUUGUUAAAUACCCUAAUUUUGAUGCUCUAAGUCAACCUGACGAAUACUACUACUGCUUGCUGCUUCUGUAUUAUCCAUUUUCAAAUGAGGAAGAGAUCACCAGUGGAUUUCCGACAAUAAUUGACGCCUUUAAAGAAAAGAGUUCUCAAUUCAGAAAUUCGUCUCACGCGACUUUUUUACGUCCUAACCUGAUGCAAGAAAUUGACAGAGCCUUGAUCCGGAUACAAAACUUUGAAGACCCGCUUACACCUGUGAUCGAAGGAGAAAAUUAUGGAUGCGAUCUAGAAGAAGAUGGAGAAAACAUGCCUGACGCACAAGAACUAUUUCAACCAUUGAAUGAUAUAGGCAAUUUGCGUGACCGUUUCCGAACUUUGUCUGAGGAGCAGAAAGAAGUUUUCCUCAAGGUGAAGAGUACACUAGAUGAAAUUGAACAUGAGCAGCUCUUGGGAUUCAUCUCUGGAUCCGGGGGCACAGGAAAAAGUUAUUUGAUCGACACCAUUGCAUUUUUAAUUGCUUCUUAUUCCUUAAAUGGGAACAAUCUCCUCCUGAAAGCAGCACCCACCGGUAUGAGCGCCCUUAACAUCAAUGCGACAACAAUUCACAGAGCCUUCAAACUUCCUGUUCAACGAGGAUUUAUUCCAGCAUACACCCCACUCAAAAGUCAACAAGUUGAAGAGUUACGAGCAGCCUUAAAGCAUGUAAAGUGGGUGAUAAUCGAUGAAAUAUCCAUGGUCUCAUACCAAAAUUUACGUACUAUCCAUUUACGUCUUUGCGAAAUUACAAACAACGAAGGGGCUUUUGGUGGAUUAAAUGUCCUUGUGCUGGGAGAUUUAAUGCAGUUCCGACCAAUCAAUGCUUCCUGGAUAUUUAAACCACCUGCAAGUUACCUACAUGAGGUAAAUCUGUGGAAGCUCUUUAAGUUUUACGAAUUGUACACAAAUCAUCGUCAAACGGGUGAUACGCGGUACCUGGAACUUUUGGAGCGACUUAGAUUUGGCCAGUGCACUAAAGACGAUUUAAGUCUUCUGCAGUCCCGAAUUUUUGAUUGUAAUGAUGCAGAGGAUUCUGAGCUGUUUACACGGUUUUCUGACGCACUUGCACUCUUCCCAAACACGGCCGAUGUUAACAAAUUUAACGCUGAAAGAACAGAAGCUCUAAAGCAGGAAUUGGCAAAAGUUAACAAGAAAACUUAUACAAUCCGAGCAAAGGACACAUAUGCUGCAGGACUGCAUUAUGAUGAGCCAUGCCCUGAACGAUUGAUUCCAAGGGAAGAAAGGCUGACUGCUGGGAUACCAACAAAUAUCGAAAUUGGCAUAGGAAGUCGGAUCAUGCUAAGGCGAAAUUGGAGUUUAUCUGAUGGUUUAGUCAAUGGCAGUGUUGGAACGGUGGUGGGAAUAAAGUGGACUGCACUUAGGGAUGAGCCAUUGCAGCCAGGAAAUCGGAAAACUCUAAUUAAACGAAGAGCAUUUGCCAUUGUUCUCUGCUGGGCUCUCGUUUUUCACAAGUGUCAAGGACUAACAAUUCAUUUCGCUAGCAUUGAUUUAUCCAAAAGACAGUUUGCUAAGGCCAUGUCAUACGUCGCCUUAAGCCGUCUCAAGUCUUCUGGUGGUCUACGCAUGAUUGGUUUAAACGAGAAGAAUAUCCUAACGCUUAAGAAAAAUGCAUCUCCUUGUGAUGAGGACGAAGAUCUUUACCGGCUCCGCUUGAUGAAAAUUGGAAUGCGGGAUUCUGAAUUUGAAGAUUUGUUGAAGUGGAUCGUAGAAUAUCCUAUUUGUAUAACUUGUAAAAAUUGGAAAUCGCGCCAUAUCUUAAAAACCAAGGCUUAUUUCGAAAAAGUCAAUCAGUCGAGGGCACUAGCCGGGACCUUCCCCAAUACGAUCCCGUUUAGUUUAGGUUACCAAAAUGUAUCGUCUAGGCUGUAG